AUGGGUUGCUUGGAUGCGAGCAGCUGUUUUGUGAGACGUUUCAAGGUCCUGGUGUUGGUUGCCAGCACUAUGCGCGCGGAACAGGAAGUGAUAGUAGCGAUUGACGAACCAGGAAAAACCCAGUACCAUGAAGCGAAUUUCAACACAAGCUCGUACCAGUACGGCUAUGAAGUGGGACCAAAUGGUCAGUUCCAUCAUGAAACCCGCGGACCUGACGGUGUCACUUACGGAUGUUACGGUUACAUAGAUCCUAAUGGACAGCUCCGAGUGACGCAUUACGUGGCCGAUACCCAUGGCUAUCGGGUGGUGGAACCGAACCGUCCCGUUGAAAUUUUCGUCGACGCUCCUACCCAGUACAGCAAUUCCAUAUCGGAGGAUGAGCCAGCGCGAGAAAGACGCCGUGGAGAGCUACGACCCUGGACGGAGCUUUAUCUGCCGAAGGGAUGCGGGAUGUUCCCUGGAGGAAUGCGCCCGGAUGGGCCUCAGUCAGGUGGUAACCCACCACCGGCACCAACAAAUCCCAGCACCGGUGGAAGUGGCGGCUCACAAGGAAGUAAACCUCCCAAUCAAGGACACGGGCAAGGUCAAGGGCAGGGACAAGGGCAAGGGCAGGGACAAGGGCAGGGACAAGGGCAGGGACAAGGGCAAGGACAAUGGCAAGGCCAAGGGCAAGGACAAGGACAGGGGCAGUGGCAAGGACAAGGACAAGGACAGGGACAAAACCAAGGACAGGGACAAAAUCAAGGACAGGGACAAAAUCAAGGACAAGGACAAAACCAAGGACAGGGACAAGGGCAAGGGCAGGGACAAUGGCAAGGGCAGGGGCAAAACCAAGGACAGGGACAAGGGCAAGGACAAGGGCAAGGACAAGGGCAAGGACAAGGGCAAGGACAGGGACAAUGGCAAGGGCAGGGUCAGGGUCAGGGUCAAGGACAGGGACAAGGACAAGGACAAGGGCAGGGUCAGGGUCAGGGUCAGGGUCAAGGACAAUGGCAAGGGCAAGGGCAGGGACAAAACCAGGGUCAAGGCCAAGGUCAAGGACAAUGGCAAGGGCAAGGACAAGGCCAAGGGCAAGGACAGGGGCAGGGUCAGGGACAAGGACAAUGGCAAGGACAAGGACAAGGUCAAGGUAAUAGGCCAGGGCAAGGACAAGGACAGGUACAAGGCCAAGGGCAAGGACAAACCCAAAAGCCUGGACAAGGCCAAGGCCAAACGCAAUUGCAAGGACAAGGCCAAGGGCAGGAACAGGGUUCUGGACCAAGUCAAGGCCAGACUCAAGGACAAGGUCAAGGACAAGUCCAACGGCCAGGUCAAGGUCCAACACAAGGCCAAGGUCAAUGGCAAGGCCAAGGGCAGAAACCUGGACAAGGGCAGGGUCAAGUACAGGGACAGAGCCAGGGACAGGCACAGGGGCAAGGUCAACGUCCUGGGCAAAAUCAAGGCCAAGGACAGGGCCAGCUGCAAGGGCAAGGGCAGCGACCAGGCCAAGGACAAACACAAGGGCAAGGUCAGGGUCAACAGUCUGGUCAAAACCAGGGGCAAGGUCAACAUCAAGGUGAACACCAGGGGCAACAUCAGGGUUCGCUAGGGUCUAUUAAUCAUCAAGGACAAAACCAGGGCAGCCACCAAGGUGUGCAUGGCGGUCAACAUCAAGGACAACAUCAAGGAUCACACCAGGGACCGAUCAGCUCCGGACAACAUCAAGGGCAACAUCAGGGAAGUCAUCAAGGUGCCAACGGAGAGCAUCAAGGUCAACACCAAGGUUCACACCAGGGACCUAUCAGCUCGGGACAGCAUCAGGGCCAGCAUCAAGGUAGCCACCAAGGAUCGAGCGGUGAGCACCAAGGCCAACAUCAAGGUUCGCAUCAGGGACCGAUCAGCUCCGGUGAACACCAGUCACAGCAUCAGGGUAGUCAUCAAGGAAUUAGCAGCGGCCAGCAUCAGGGACAGCAUCAGGGUUUUCAUCAAGGCUUGACUGGAUCGAACUCACAUCAGGGACAACACCAGGGAAGCCAUCAAGGAAUUGGUAGCGGUCAAAGUCAGGGAGAACAUCAGCAUCAACAUCAAGGACCGAUCACCAGUGGUCAACAUCAGGGCAGCCAUCAAGGUAGCCAUCAAGGGUUAUCACAAGGCGAGUUCCAGGGACAACAUCAAGGGCAGCAUCAGAAGCCGAUCAGUGGAAACAAGGAGGAACACAACCUGCAAGUUCAAGUGUCUUGGGGACAGCAAGGCCAAGGUCAGGAAGGCCAAGGACAACAAGGACAGACUCAAGGACAGAACCAAGGACAGUCCCAGGGUCAGAACCAGGGUCAGUCUCAAGGACAGGGACAAAAUCAAGGACAGUCCCAAGGACAGGGUCAGAACCAGGGACAGUCUCAAGGACAAGGACAAUCGCAGGGUCAGUCCCAAGGACAGGGUCAACGUCCCCCACAAGGAGUACAAUUCGGGAUCGGGUUUAAGCCGGGAAAUGGGGGCCUGCAGGCAAUGUUGGGCCUGGGUGGAUCGCACGGUGGCGUAUCGCUGGGAGCGACUGUGUCGACGGCUGGUAUUGGCGCAUCGGCCAACACCACGCAUACAGGCCCGAACCACAGUGUGGCCGGUGGAAUCGGUGCCACCGUGGAUACUUCGGCAGGAGUUCACGUGAGUGCUGGCGCUAAUGCAUCCGCCAGUGUCCUGGGAGCGUCCGUUGAGCACAUGCACGGUUCCAGCGUCUCGAUAACGCCCGAUGGGGUUGAGCUGUCACACGGUGGACACAACGCGAUCGAUGGCCCGCAGGUGACCGUCGCCGGAACCGUCGGUGUGGCGGUUGGCGUCGAAGCAGGUUUGCUAGGUACCGCUCUCAAUCAUACCGGGCACGUUUCGGUCGGUGGUGUCGACGUAAGUAGCGCCACGACGGUGGGCGCAGGAAUCGAGGCCAAUCACACGUCGAUCGGGCUGGGCGCACAGCUAACGCACACUGGCAGUAUUUCGAUUCCAACCGUCGGACCAGGACCAACUACAACUGAGAGGCCACCGGAGUCCACUUCAAGCACGCCAGUGCCAGGAUCUCCGGGUACCGCCAUUGGAGUGUAUCCACCAACGAAACCGAUCGAUACCAGCUCACCACCGGCAUCGUCCUCGUCACCACCAUCUGGAGGUGAUGGAACACCUCCAAACUACCAGAUAGCCGUGUCACAGUACCCAUACUUCUUCUUGCCGUACCCAUUCCCACCACCGAACGUGCCCCAAGCACCGUGUAACUGUCCAGCGGACCAACAAGGCCAACAGCAGGGCCAGCAGCAUCAACCGGCCGGCUAUCUGGGCUUCAUUCCGGUGCUCUACGUUCCCAACUGCCACGCCCAGAAGAGUGGAUUGCCGGCGAACUUCAACUGGCCUGCACCGGCUCCACCGGAAGGGUUCGGCCAGCCGCUGGAAGACCUGCCUGCUCAGAGGUUGUUCCAGAAACCCGACGGUAGCUGGGUGUUGCAGCGCGCUCGUAACCGCUCUCGGCGUCUUCGUGGUCGACGGCCAGUUGCCCAGCGACUUCUCGGCGAGGGUGUGCCUGGGAAGAAGUAGAGCUCACCCGUCAGCUCCAGAGUGGGAUGCAUGAAAGAAUACUCAUUUUAUUAUAAGCCCAUCUACUUUUUUUUUUAGUAAACUUAAUUCACUUCAUUUAAACAGGAUGCUGGUUACAACGAGAAAAGCGCAACACAAAUAACCAUCCGAGGCAUGCCUAGGAGCACGGUUCACGUGGUAGUGUUGCUCGUUUGAUAACAGGGCAGACACUGCAGGGCACCGUCUUCCGGUAGGGAAGAUAUUUAUGGAACCGUUCGUAAGAUGCAUUCGUUUUUCCUCUUGCCACUGUGAUUAGAUUAAUUCAUCAAAACAAACACGAGAAGGAAAGCGCAAAGGCAAUGGUUUAAAUGAAUUCGACAGAGGGUGCUUUUUGAACGCAAUGAUAACAAAAUAAAGCAGGUAGAUUGAAUUCUUGCCCACGUUCGUGAUAGAAGGUAUAAAAAUUCGUAAGACAUUUGUGCUACAGGGAACUAGUGUUCAACACACGUAGUGUACGAUACGUUUCCCUAUUGCAGGAUAUUAUAACUUAUUUAAGUAUUAUGAGGCAUAAUCAAGCAUAAA